UUUGUGAGUAAGUACAAGUGCGCUUAGAGAGUGUGAUUACUCUUGUUUUGAAAUAAGUCUUAGGCAGAUUAGACUGGUAGGAAGGUUAAUACAAACUUCAACGAAUGGUCCAAUAGUAAUGACUAUUAUGGUCUGCCAAUAGAAAUAUGGAGCAAAUUAUGAAUUGAUGGAAUUGACUUGACGGCAUAGACAGGAACUCAAUUCAAAAGUGUUUGACAUGUCUCUGAUUCAAAGGACCUGUUGCAGCUUCUGUCAUAGCUACACUACUCUGUAAAACUAUGUCAGUAUGUUACCUCUUCACGCUGAACUGCUUUUAUUUUAAAUUUGGUAUGAAUAUAACUUGAGACCCGGGGAAGGACAUUUGAAGACUGGAUUGUUUUCAUAGUGAACGCAGGCGUAGGCGCGGACAGAAGUUAAUAUUUAAUCAAAUAAAUGCUUCUCUGCAUUUCGAGCAAAGGUUUAUUUGUUUUAUACGCACUUUAUUUCUUCAAUAUUAAGUAACAGCAUAGGCCCACUGAAAGCCUGUGCAUGUCUAAUAAUAAUAACUAUCCUUAGGUAAGGUACCGGGUACUCAAGUUGACUAAAAAUUUAGGUAAUCGUUUAGCAUACAUACACAGAGUAGUGGUGGACGGUAUAAAGCCAAGGUGCUCCUCGGAGCUGCACACACGGGCCCACGCCAGCACAGCCAUGAGGAGCGCGGUAGUAAUAUUCUCAAUGGUGGCCGCGAUUGCGGCAGAAGCACCAUAUCACCUGCCGCGGCCGGCGGCGCACGCACCCUCGUUCAACUACCCCUUAGCGCCGCCACACCCGCCACCAACUCACACGCCGCCGCUGCCGCCCCCGCCGCCGCCAGCGCACCUGCACCCGCACCCUCAUCCGCAACCGCAACCACAACCGCAGUUUGUUCAGUAUCCACCACAACCUGCGCCUGCACCACAGUUUAAUCCAGGAUCUGGUUAUCAUUAUUCGCAACCCGCCCCUCAGCUCCAACCCCAGCCCCUUAUACAACACUCCUAUCCGCCACCGCCUCAACCCCAGCCCCAGCCUCAGCCCCAUAUACACUCCCAUCCUCCAUCUCCACAGCCUCUCCCAUUCAUACCCUAUCCUCAGUAUGCGCAACCUCAACCACAACCUAUCCCUCAGAUCCCACCAAGCUAUACUUACGCUCAACCUCAACCAGCCUUGGCCCCCCGGCCCCAUGCACCUCCCGCUCCAGCGCAGCCGGCGCCCCUGCCUACCUUCUUAGCGCCCCUACCUGGAUACUCCACGUCACAGGCCCAACCCGCGCCAUCCACCCAGCCAAUCCCACUCCCUCAGCCGCAACUUCAACAGGGAUACACGUACCAGCAACCUCAACUUCAAUUCCCGCAAGCCUCUGUCCCGGCGCAGCCACUUCAACCGCAGCCUCUUUAUGCGCAACCCCUUCAAUUGCAGCCUCGCCAGGCGCAACCUCUACAGUCGCAGCCUCUACAAACGCAACCUCUACAAUCUCAGCCUCUCAGCAAUAACGUGGCAUCUUCUGCUUGGUCCAGCUACCAGGCGGAUAAUAACCAAUACAGCAGUACAAGUCUUCAGUCGCACGGAGAGGCUUUAGACGCAACAGUAGUCGAUCGGGUUGAGAAUAUUAUAAAAGAUAAUGAGCAUUCUUCGGCAAGAAACGCCGGCUAUGUAUCCCUUGUUUCUGGGGUUUCAUUAGAACAGGCCAGACCUAGUAUAGAGAUCUCUUCCUUUGUUCAUAAUUCUCCUCUUCAAAUCACCCAAACUUCGGAGCAUAGUUCAAUCGAGCAGUCGUCGUCUAAUCAGUCGUCACCAUCAGCGGCGGCAGUGACGUCAGUCUCUGCAUCGGCGUCGGCUGCGGCGCCGGCGCAGGACUACGGCUUGCCCACGAUCACGGCCAACAGCCAGGCACCACAACUAGAGGCCAAUCAUAGUUUUCUACCCCAAAACAAACCCGCUACUUCAUACGGCACGCCGCUAUAACCGUGUACCUAUUUAAUAUUUUAAGCCUACAUAACGGUAUCUUUUUAUUGAUUAAGUAUAUGAAAAUUGUAAAUAAAAAUGUUUUCAUUAUC